UGCCCCCCCACUCCCGCCCGGCCCAUCAGCGCGAACAGGGGCGAGGCGAGGGCGGCCCCCCCAUCUCACCCUCCCCCUUCCUGCCCCACACACUCCUUGCCCGUCAGUAUUCAGGUGGUCGCAGCGAGCCACCCAUCCGCGAUGGACGUCGACAAAAUAGGAGUAGGGGACCUGCAUGAUGUCUCCUCCCAACCCUACAUCCCCCCUUACCGGCAGGCCGCCAUCCAUGCGCAGGCUAGCCCAUCGCGGCAAGCGGCCAUCGGCGGCCACACCCCCUCACCCUCCCAGCUGCCCCAUUCUCACACUCCUCACCCACAGCAGGGGGCGGUCACACGGCAGCCACUGAUUGGACAGUUUGCCCAACCCCACACAGGUCGCCGGAAGAAGGGCAAGGGCAAGGGGACACCCGGGGCAGCCCGGCGCUCGGAGCAGCCGGACACGACUCCACCCUCUGCUGGCGCGCAGCCCUUACCAGCCACCACCCCUCAGGCGACCCCAUCAUUGCCCCCGGCCCGCCACCCACUGCCCUCCCAUAACCAGGAUGGCGAGCUUCGGACGGUCUCCCUCCCUCGCCCCACCCAGGCCUCACUCCCCUGUCACCCCCCCAUCCCGCCCUUGGCCCCCCACCAGACAGUCGCCGCCGAUGCCCCAUCCGCGAUGGAACUCGAACCGGCGGUGGAAGAGGUGUCGUUAGCCUCUCGCAAGCAAGCCUAUAUCCCCUCCCAGCGUCGGUCCCCACCACCCGCUUCUUUGUCCCCCUCCGGUCCACAACCUCCGACCCAGGUCAGGGCCCACGGUGGUUCGCCCACCACGACCAACCAGCCUGCCCUGCUCCCCCUACCCACAGGCGGACAGUCGCAGGGGGCAGAUGGGGAGACGGAGGCGGCAGUUGCCGACCUUCUCAGGAUAUGGGACGCGUCCGCCACCCCCUCUGCGCCCGCUUGUCCGGGUCGGGUGGGGGGGGGCACCGUGGACCCUGCUCCAGACAUCUCCCAUGCCCCCCCUUCCCCCCCGUCCACCGCCCUCACACCGGAGCGCAUGGUGAUCGAUGACUCCGACGCGGCCCCCGACCACCCCCUCUGCCCAGACGCGUCCACUGCUCCAGCUGCCCACACCCCAGCUCCUACGUCCCCCGGCGAGGCCACUGAGCUAGCCUGCCAUCCAGACGCAUGCCCCGCCCUAGCCACUGUCCCCUUGGUCGUACCAUCCUCACCCACGCCCGCGCAUCCCGCCGUCGCUCCUCCCCCCCGGCCAUUGCCUUGCCCGCCCCAGACGCACGGCCCGCCCCCCACUUGGGCCACCGACCUCGGACAGGGGCCCAUCGAAGAGGCGGUCGUCGGCGCUGAUAGCUCGGAGAGCGCGAUGCCUGUCCCCCCGCACGACACAGCGGUGCCGACAGGAGGACUAGCGGUCACGUGUCCUACCUGCCGGAGCACCUUGGUGAGCAGCCACGCUCUUGCUCUCCAUGCACCCCAUUGCCAGCCCGCCGAUGCUCUACGCAGGGCGGAGGCCCUGCAGGAUGCCACCUCUUCCCCUCCCUCAUUCAGCGAGCCACGCGCCUCCGUCGUCACAUUCUCGGACGUCCAGUGGUCGUCCUUGGAUGCGGUCGAUUGGACGGAUUAUUUCUCACCGAGACGCAUGCAUGCUCGCCCGCUCCGGCGUAUCCCGCCGAGGGUUCGCGGGGGGUACGUGGAUGUCCUCUGCGCGAUCUUGCAGCGCAUCAGCCAGCACCCCAGGGCGGGCGGGCCGACGUUUCUGCUGUUGGCCAUCCCGACCCUCCUCCUCACGCCCGCUACACCACCUGCACGAUCACAUACGGCGGCCAUCACUGCGCGCAUUGCGCGCUUCCUUGGUGGAGAUUGGGACGCCCUCAUAGCAGAGGCGCUCCACCGCCGCACACCCCUCGCGGCAUGCACGACACGCCGCGCCCGCGCCGCGACUCCGACGCCUGACGAGCGCCGCAUUGCCCGUUGCCUCCACCUGGCAGCGUGCAAUGAGACGUCACGUGCUUGUGCGGCCUUGGAGUCGGCAGAGGCGGCCCCGGACGGAGAUCAGACGGUGCACCGCCUACGGGCGAAGCACCCUUGCGCGGAGCGCCCCAUCCCAGCAUGGGUGGCCUCCUUCCGGGAUGCAGCCCUGGUCCUGAGCAUUGAGCAUCUGCGCAGGGCCAUUUUCACCGCUCCGAGGGGCUCUUCGGGAGGACCUUCGGGAUGGGUGGCCGAGCACUUCCGCGACACCUUCUUGGCCUUCCCAAAGGCCCUCCCUACCUUGCUUGCUGUCUACCAGCAGUGGCUCCGGGGCGACUGCGCCCCGGCCGCACUUCCCAUGCUGGCAUCAUCCACCCUCGUCGCGCUCUCCAAGCCGAACAUGGACGUUCGGCCGAUAGCCAUAGGCGAGGUCCUUGCGCGCCUACUCCAGCGGGCGGCAUGCCUGCAGUUGCGCGAGCCGAUGGCUCGAGUCUUUCUACCAUCACAGCAGUUCGGGGUCGGGGUGACCUGCGGUACUGAGCUGGUCGUUAGGGGCGUCCGUCGCGGCAGGGCGGACCACCCGGACUGGGUGGUCGUCGAGCUCGACGUGGCGAACGCCUUUAACUCGUAUCACCGCGAUCGCUUGUUCGAGGCACUGCGAGCGAGCUCCGAGUUUCGCUGCCUCAUCCCUUUCGUUGCCCUUUUCUACGGCACGCCAUCCUCGCUGUUCUUUCGGACCGGGCGAGGAGUCACCACCAUCCGCUCAGAGCGAGGAUCUCGUCAGGGCGACCCUCUGAGCCCAUUUCUCUUUGCCCUGACACAGAGGCUGGCACUGGAGCCAGUGCUGGCGGACGGGGACGUGCAGCUGUGGUCAUACGCGGAUGACACGUACGUCCUGGGCACACCAGAGAGGGUGUUGCAGAGCUUCACUGCCAUUCAGAGGCGCUUGGGCGAGCUGGGCCUCUCGGUCCAGCCGCACAAGUGCCUGGUCUACCCAGCGGCGUCCACACGACCGGAGGAGUUGGCAGGCUUCACCGCCCUCGGCCUCGAUGUCGCGCGCCGGGGUUUGACGGUUGCGGGGGUGCCUGUCGGCACGGAGGAUUUCGUCCACACGAGACUCAGGGAGCGCCUGGAGCGGAUGGCCCGAGUGCUGCCGUGGCUGCCUAGGUUGCGUGACCCCCAGGUGGCUGCGCACCUGCUCUCAGCAUGCGUCAGCACGCGCCCUCAGUACCUAGCGCGCACGGUCCCGCCCACACAGGCGGUGCGCUCCAUCUUCGCGCGCUGGGACGAUGGCCUCGGCGAGGCCUUCCAGCGGCUAUUCGUCGCGGGCACCUGGAGCGGAGGAGGAGAGAUACGCGGCGCGGCCUUGGACCAGGCAUUUCUGCCCAUUAGGCUGGGCGGAUUCGGCAUCCGCCGCAUGGCGCGCGCGGCGCCAGCGAGCUACCUCUGCUCCUGGGCGCAGUGCGCCCCCAUCCUCUGCUCCCUCCCACAGAUCGAUCCACUGCGCAUCCCGGAGGCGCAGUGGCAGGUGGCUUCAUGUUUUCGCCUUGGUCUGUCUAUCCCCCAGUUAGCCCUUACAGGUCAUUGCUCGUGCGGACGGGAGAUCGAGGACAUGUCGGUGCCCCACCACGUCGUACGCUGUCAGCACUACCACGUCACCACGACCGUCCACAACGCCGUGAAUGGCGCUGCAGCGUGCGCAGGCGAACAUUAUCACACAGCAUGCAGUGCGACAGCUGGGAGAGUCGGACGAUGCAUGGAUGCCGAUACCGGUCGCCGGAAGAAGGGCAAGGGCAAGGGGACACCCGGGGCAGCCCGGCGCUCGGAGCAGCCGGACACGACUCCACCCUCUGCUGGCGUGCAGCCCUUACCAUCCACCACCCCUCAGGCGACCCCAUCAUUGCCCCCGGCCCGCCACCCACUGCCCUCCCAUAACCAGGAUGGCGAGCUUCGGACGCGUGCAAUGAGACGUCACGUGCUUGUGCGGCCUUGGAGUCGGCAGAGGCGGCCCCGGACGGAGAUCAGACGGUGCACCGCCUACGGGCGAAGCACCCUUGCGCGGAGCGCCCCAUCCCAGCAUGGGUGGCCUCCUUCCGGGAUGCAGCCCUGGUCCUGAGCAUUGAGCAUCUGCGCAGGGCCAUUUUCACCGCUCCGAGGGGCUCUUCGGGAGGACCUUCGGGAUGGGUGGCCGAGCACUUCCGCGACACCUUCUUGGCCUUCCCGAAGGCCCUCCCUACCUUGCUUGCUGUCUACCAGCAGUGGCUCCGGGGCGACUGCGCCCCGGCCGC